CGCGGCCGGGCCGUCCCAUUUCCCCGGCGCGCAGCAGCUGCCGGGACCGGCGGGCGGGACGGGGCCGCGGCGCAGAGGCACCAUCCAAGGACUCUUGUGGAGCCCACUAGCUGCUUACAGGGGCUGAGCAUAUUUCAAGGUGCCUUUCAAGCAGAGGGAGCAGCACAGGCAGCCUGCUCAGGAGCUGACAUGCAGCAGAAGAUCAGCUCUUUCUUCAAUUCCAUCUUGGAGCUCAUCCGUACCAAGCAUGAGGAAGGCAUCUUCAACACUGUCUGCCUGGCCGUGCUGUUGGGUCUGCCCUUCGUUGUCCUCAUUGCCUUCAUCUUCAUCUGCUGCCACUGCUGCUUCUGCAGACGGAGGAGAGAAAGCACGAGGAAAGACGGUCCCAGCAGCAAUGGGCAGCUGCAUGCCGAGAGGAAUAAGAAGAAAAAGAAGAAGAAGAAGAAGCAGGAUGAAGAGGACCUGUGGAUCUCUGCUCAGCCCAAGCUGCUCUUGCUGGACAAGAGACCCUCCUUGCCCAUCUAGCAGACAGGAGGGUGUUCAGGUCCUCUCCUCUGAGAUGCCACCAUUCCUUUCACCUGUGCACCAGGAGGGGCGAGGAGAUACCAAAGCUGCUGCCGCUUUAUGGUGACUUCCGACGCAGGCUGAGCCCAGCACGUUGAAGGGCCAGCAGAAGGCAGUCGGGCACAGGCUGUGCAAGUCUCUUCUCCCCCAGCAUGACAGCGUGCCCCGGGGCAGAGACCCCUGCAAAGGACAGGUGAGCACACAAGGGUGACACGCCACCGGCUCCUCCGCACCUCCUGCCACGAGCACAGCGCACACACAGGCUGGCACACAGCCAGUGGGGUGCGGGGCUCUCCCUCUGCACUCGCCUGCAGCCCACGCGCUGUGGCACAGACAGGGGCGCACGGGACAACAUUCACCCCAAGACCACGCCACCUGCACACCCCCUGCACAACACAGACAGCUGUGAGGGAAGCAGGCACAGACACACCUUGUUUGCUUGCCCUGCCAUGGAGAUCACAGCUUCACUGUCCAGGCUCCGUCCAAACCCAACUCGCUUUGGAGACACAAAGAAAGCUGAGUUACCCCACAGCUCAAAGAUGUGCCAUCUUCCAGGCCACCAAACCAAAGUCACUUGCAAGCUCCUGAAGCUAGAUGCCCUCAGCCCAACCUUAGAGACCUCAGACACCAUCCUAAGGCAGCACAGCAGAAGGAUGCCUUGCCACCUAGGCUAGAGAAGGAGAGAGGAGGCUGCCAAACCAGCCCUUUCGCACCAGCACUUAAGAAAACACCUUCCUUGAAAGACUGUUUUAUACAAACUUGCCAUUAGAGAGCCCAGCAUGCUACUGCAAGAGCAGAAACACAACCUGAGGCUGUGUAAAAGCUUUGCUAUGGGCAUUAGAGUUAUUUAUUGAAUGACUACUAAAGAACAGCAGGACCAAAGGCCCCUCUGGAGCAGGACGAGGCACAUGGAAACGGUAUUGAAGCAGCAGACACGGUUUUCUGGCACACUCUGCCAUCACCUCUCCCUGCAGCCCUUGUGCCAUGUGUCAGACACACACAGACCCAUGAGCACGUGCUGCCUCAGCUGAUGCCAGCUCUGCACUGAAGGUUUCUGUGUGGCUGUCAGGCUGACCAGCUCUGGGAUUUGGAAUGUGCUGUAGAAGCAAAGUAAAUUCCAUGUGCACAGUCAUCCCUUACAAAGGGAUACAUUAUACAGUCAGACUAUGCACCUCUCUCUAUCCUUAUCUUCUUGGAAAGAAGGUUCAGCUGGGCACAGCAGCUAACAGCACCACACACAGCCCUCAUCCCUGCUCUGUUUCCCACUUGGCUUGUGCUCCCAUCCUAUGUUCCUUGAGCUGGGAGUCUCUGCUCCCUGCUCUCUGCCCUAUCAGGCUCUGCCUACCCCAUCUCUUUUUCCUUUGAGGGAUGCAUGUGUGUGAUGAGAAGCCUCAUCACAUCUGGGUUUUGCCCUGUCUGUACACUGGAUGUCUUGCUUCCAUUUCCUUACAAUUCUUAAGCUUGCUGGAGCAGACCAGAGCUGCCAGCCAGAGCCAGACAUCUGGGGAACAAGCAGCAAAACCCACGUGGGCAAGCCUGGACAGAGCUGCUGGGCACAGCUGCUGCCAACCCAGGCAAGGGUGAUGCCACCUUCCCCUCCCUUGGAGGACAAAGCCACUGGCUGGCACUGUCUGCUUGUGCCACCCGGUCCCAGCACAGCCUGUUCUGUCUGAUGCAGGCAGGGCUGUGAUGGUCACAUCGUGUCACAGGGUUUGGCUCCUGUGCCUGUGCUGGGAACAGCCGUGAGGCUGGGCUCCUCCUCACACAGUCCUUUAAAUUGACCCCAUAUGUGCCUUAUUUUCCAGUUUGCUUUGUCAUCACUGCAAUUAGUGACUCUCCUCUGCUUCAAAACAGGAAGCAACAUAAAAUGGUGUAAAAAUCAGGAUUUGCCACAUGUCGUGGUAGGAAACGCAGAAAUAGCUCUGAUCUCUGUCCCAGGCUCCCAGCCUAGCCAAGAUCCUAGAGAACUAGCACUGCACUUGUAUUAUUCUUCCUUCCUUCCCUCCUUUCCCCAUCCAAGUACUUCUCUCAGCCCUCCUGCCUCCACACUCACCAGGUGGCCAAAAGAGCUCAUGCAGGUGCUGUGAUCCAGAGGCAUGAGCAGCCCUGGAGGCAGGGUGGUGCCUGGAGGAAUCAAAAAAAAUUAGAGUAAAGGGAAACACGAUGGGAGGCCAGAGGUUCAGCCAAACAGGCAGGGGCACAGAGGCAGCAUGCAGUGUCAGAGUACAGCCUGCCUGGAGUGGAGGUGCCAGGCUUUGCAGGGCUUCCUGCAGGAAGGCUUUCCUCCAGAAAGCAUGGCAAGUGACUCCAGGUAAGGGCAACCAAUUCCUGCGAGAACCAGAGAACUGCCAGGAGAACAUGAGCAUUGUAUCACACACAUCUCCAAAUCCAGGCUUUGUUCAGAAGUUCAGAGCUAGGUCUGAAUUUCAAGAGCUCCCCAAAAUCAUCACUCAAACCACCCCUGGGCUGGGUAGGGAGGGAACAGGAAACAACCCUGCCCCGAUCCAUCCAACCAGUGGAUGGUCUGAGCCUCUGCACUCCCUAAAGCACAGAGGCUGGCUUCUUUGCUAUCUACUGCUUGAGCCAAACCAUGCACUGAAUCAGCUGCUUCUGGAGGAAAAAGCAAAAGAGCAGCAACAGCCUGAGGUGCACUAGAACCUGUUACCCACCAGCUGGGCAGCAGCACCCAUGCAGCACCCACAUUACCAAGGCGGCAGAGAUGCACAGUCCAGAACUCCACUGCACGGUCCCUGCUCUGCAGACACCCCAGCCCUGCCUGCCACAACUGCGCUUCAGUAUCAACCUUCAAUUUUCCUGAACAAGUCCAUGCAACAGGGAACAGCAAGAAAACAAAUUUUGUGCAAUUUUUUUAAACUAAAAAUAAAUGACUUAAACUGCAAAC